AUGACUAUCACCAUCACCGUUGAGAAAGAUGGUUACUAUGAGGUGAAUGGGACGCGACAUGAACCUACCGUCUCUCUAUAUGUCAUCCCGGCUGCCUCCAAGUUGCGUCGAAUGCUUAGAGACACGAAGGACUUGAUUGUGUGUCCAGGUGUCUACGAUGGCCUCUCCGCGCGUGUUGCCAUGGAACUGGGCUUCAAAGGUCUUUAUAUGACCGGUGCCGGCACAACCGCUUCUCGGCUGGGGAUGGCAGACCUGGGCUUGGCUCAACUCCACGACAUGCGGGCCAAUGCCGAGAUGAUCGCAAAUCUCGAUCCAUUUGGUCCUCCAUUGAUUGCGGACAUGGAUCAUGGCUACGGAGGGCCUCUUAUGGUAUCUAAAUCCGUCCAGCAGUACAUACAGGCAGGCGUAGCUGGCUUCCACAUCGAAGACCAGGUUCAGAACAAGCGCUGUGGGCACCUUGCCGGCAAAAAGGUGGUUAGUAUGGAUGAGUACCUGACGCGGAUUCGGGCCGCCAAGCUCACGAAAGACCGGCUGCACUCGGACAUUGUUCUCAUUGCACGCACUGAUGCUCUCCAACAGCAUGGCUAUGAAGAGUGCAUUCGUCGUUUGAAAGCAGCCAGGGAGAUUGGAGCUGACGUUGGUCUUUUGGAGGGGUUCACUUCGAAGGAGCAAGCCCGCCAGGCGGUUCAAGACUUAGCUCCUUGGCCUCUUCUCCUCAACAUGGUGGAGAACGGGGCCAGCCCAUUGAUUACGACCCAGGAAGCGGAGGAGAUGGGAUUCCGCAUCAUGAUCUUUUCAUUUGCAUCGCUGACUUCCGCUUAUUUGGGCAUUCGUACAGCCUUGAUGCGUCUGAAGACAGAAGGUGUUCUUGGAACCCCCGAAGGGCUUGGUCCACGGAAGCUGUUCGAGGUUUGCGGUCUUCUAGAAUCUAUGAAGGUGGACACCGAGGCUGGAGGUGAUGGCUUUGCCGACGGCGUUUGA